GAGGACUCUGGGAAGGCAGGGGAGUCUGGGAAGGGAGAGAAGGCUGUGAACUUGGAGGGAGGGAGAACAAGAGGGCAGCGGAAGAGGGGAAGGCAGAGGGCACACAGACCCGAGGAGGGAAAGGGCGACGAGAAGCAGGCUGCGGGGGGACGAAGACACUCGGGCAGAGAGAGGGAGCUGGACAGAGAUGAAGUUACAGGGGUCCCUGGCCUGCCUGCUGCUGGCCCUGUGCCUGGGCCAUGGGGCUGCUGGCCCAGUGCAGAGUGGAAGGGAGAGCACUGAACAAGAUUCGGGACCUGUCCCGCAGAAUGGCGUUGGGGAGGUCUAUGGCCAUCAAAGGGAAGGGAUCAGCCACGCUCUUGAGAACACUGGGGAAGAGGUUGGCAGGCUGAUCGAGAGCGGUGUUGAGCACGGAGUGGAUGCAGCCCGCAGCUCCGAGGCCUGGGGAACAUCUGGAGGCCAUGGCAUAUUGGGCCAUAGCCAGGGCAAUCUUGUAGGUCCAGGGUCUCCCUGGGGCCAGGGACAUCCUGGAGGCUCAGAAGGCAGCUUUGGAACCAGCUCUCUGGGAGGGUCCUCAGGUCAGGUAGGCAGCAGAGGGUCACUCAACUUUGGGACCAAUGUUCAGGGAGCAGUGGCCCAGCCUGGCUAUGGUUCAGUGAGAGGCAGCAGCCAAAAUUCAGGGUGCACCAACGCCCCGCCAUCCGGCUCCGGGGGAAGCUCCAGCAACUCUGGGGAAAGCGGCAGCUCACAGGGCAGUGGCAGCAGUGGCGGCAGCAGCAGUGGUGGCAGCAGCAGCCAUGGUGGCAGCAGCAGUGGCGGCAGCAGCAGCCAUGGUGGCAGCAGCAGUGGCGGUAGCAACAGUGGUGGCAGCAGCAGCCAUGGUGGCAGCAGCAGUGGCGGCAGCAACAGUGGUGGCAGCAGCAGUGGCGGCAGCUCUGGGGCCAGCCGGGAACGACCUUUAGAAAAUUCUAGGGAUUUGGAUCAAAGUUUUUCAGUCUCCAAGGAAUCCGACUCCGGCCGUUCCUCAAGCAGCAGCGGAAGCGGUGGUGGAAAUAAGCCCGAGUGUGACAACCCAGGGAAUGAAGCCCGAGUGGCCGGAGGAUCUGGGAGUCAGGAAAGCAGAGAGCACAGUCACCUCCUUGGGGGUUCCAAUCAUCAGGGGCAAGGGUCCAGUGGGGACAGUGGAAGAAGCGAUGCUGUCAGCGGACUCAAUACCGUGAACUCUCAGACAUCUCCUGGGCUCUUCAAUUUUGACACUUUCUGGAAGAAUUUUAAAUCCAAACUGGGUUUCAUUAACUGGGAUGCCAUAGAAAAGGGCCGAGUCCCGUCCCCCAGCACCCGAGCCCUUCUCUACUUCCGCCGCCUCUGGGAGAAUUUCAAACACAGAACUCCUUUCUUCAACUGGAAAGAAAUUACUGAGGAUGCAGACAUGUCAACAUUCCAGAAGAGGGCUGGCGGUGCUGAUCAGAACUACAAUUACCAGCAGGCACAUUCUACGCCCCCCUAUGGGCAGUUCUCAAUCAAGACCCCUCCUAAGGGAGGAGCCACGAUUUCUUCCUCGGCUUCCCGGGUGCAACCUGGCCUGCUGCAGUGGGUGAAGUUUUGGUAGAAAAUCGCUUCCAGUCACUACUGAGACCUCAUAAACACCAGUCUCCAAGGAGUCUGACUGGAUUGCCCUCCAGAUGUCCCAGCCAGUGCCACCCUGCUGGGUGCCAGCAUCCCCGAUUUCUAGGCUGGGGACCUGGUUCACCUGUUCCUUGUUUCUUCCCACUCCACCGUGGUGUCUGUAACCACCAGCCUCAUGGGAUAAACCAGAUGCUUUCUUCACCUGUUCCAUUUGUAACAUGAAAUCACUGCAACAAUUUUGUAGGAGGAACUUCCUCCUCUUGGGUCUUUCUGUGGAAAUAAAACAUGAAUCUUUUUUCCCUAA